CUUGUUGCCGAAAUUGAUUUUUUUUUAAAUCAUGACAAUGAUAUCUCAAGGUUCUAGACUCCUUACAAAAACCCUCUUCUACAGAACCAAAUCCACUCCUCCUUCCACAUUCUCCCUUCCAAUUCUCUCCGCUUCUGUUCGUGCAAUGGCCUCCGACGCAGCUGCCUCUUCACCGUUCAAGAAAGUCCAGAUUCAGAGAGACAACGGGACAUUUGAUGCUUACGUGAUUGGGAAAGACAAUGCUCCUGGGAUUGUUGUGCUUCAAGAAUGGUGGGGUGUUGAUUUUGAGGUCAAGAAUCACGCCCAGAAAAUCUCUCAGUUGGGCUCUGGCUACAAGGCAUUGAUUCCCGAUUUGUACAGAGGGAAGGUUGGUUUGGAAGUCGCGGAAGCUCAACAUUUGAUGGAAGGUCUCGAUUGGCCAGGUGCAGUGAAGGAUAUCGAGGCCUCGGUCAACUGGCUCAAGGCAAAUGGUUCUAAGAAGGUUGGUGUAACCGGAUUCUGCAUGGGUGGUGCUCUUGCUAUUGCAAGCUCUGUUUUGGUACCGGGGGUUGAUGCCGUGGUAGCUUUCUAUGGAGUGCCUUCACCCCAGCUCGCGGAUCCUGUCAAGACUAAGGCUCCGGUGCAGGCCCACUUUGGUGAACUUGAUGGUUUUGUCGGGUUCUCGGAUCCAAAGACUGGUAAAGAUUUGGAAGAGAAGUUGAAGGCAUCAGGAGUUCCCCACGAGGUUUACUUCUAUCCCGGAAUCGGGCAUGCCUUUAUGAACUGUUCACCUGAAGGGGCACAGAGAAGGAAGAAGAUGGGGAUGGAUGACGAGGAUGCUGCAGCAGUCGAGCAGGCGUGGUCUCGUUUCAACUCGUGGAUGGGUCGUUUCUUGUCGAACUGAUCAAUGAUGCUCGAUCUCUAAAUCAUGUGAACACGACUAGUAAAAUGCUGAAAUGUAUUGUGCUUGUUUAGAGUGUGUAAUAUUCUCCAUUUUACUGUGUUAUGCUUCAUAAAUAAAAGCUUGCUUAGGUUGAAAUA